GUGAAGAAGAAGUUACAUCCUAUGUGCAAAAUUCACGAAAAAGAUCUUUACAAAACGUGCAAUCGAAUUUAAUAAGAUUAUUUCGCUGAUCUUGAUAAGAAUUUGAACUGAUAAAAUUAAAUUUUACUGUGUGAAAAAUAAAUAGUCAGUGCGACUGACUUUACAAUUAGUUACGUACUUAGCAAUAUUGAAUUGCGUAUUGCAUUUCUCGACCGAAAACGAAGUUACAUUUAUACAAAUUGUGGAAAACGGAUUUUCAUUUUUUUGUCACGCACUUCGUUUUGUUUGUGUUUCGUGCAACAUAUAUUUCGGAAACAAUAAACAUUCCAUAUUUACGCAGUAAGUGCGUUUCUUCUCUGAAAAUUGAAUAUCGGAGCGUUCGAUAAGUUCAAUCCUUAUCGAUUUCAUCUUCUGAUUAAAAAUAAACAAGGCAUUUAAAUUCACUCAAUCGAUGGUGAUAAUUUCGCUGGAUAACGCAAGACGAUAAAACGAAACUCUCUUAUAUUCGUACCUUCACAAACUUUGAUACAUAAAUUACGGAAUAUAUACACGUAGAAUAUUUCAUUUCGUUUUGUGCGUUCGUUUGUUCAUUUUAAAAACAUCACUAUGGAUUGCGAAAUACCUCGCGACUUACAGAUGUCUCAUCUACGAGCGAUUCAAAAAAUACCGGGCAAUAUCGCUAAUGAAAAAUUACGUUGGAUCGGAAGAUUGACUUUGCACCAGACGAGUAAAGAUCUUGAACAAUUUCCGCCAGAAUUACUACCUAUAUUGCGUGUGGAAACUGCCAUCAAGAAGAAGAAGCACGAAGAUAUAACAUCGGCGCUCAAGUGCGAAGAUUCGACAAUAAUAAACCGGGCACUUAAAGCCUUCUGGUUUUUCGAUGGUAGCCACAAGAAGAUUAUUAACGUCAGGUAUUUCUGCGAACAUCUAUUCCCUUAUGUUUCUAUAAACACAAGGACACGUAUUGUGCUAACACUCGCGCAUCAGUUAUCCGGGAAGGAUCCAGUUUUCGCGCAGGAAAUAUUUACAGAAGUGGCAUCUAUUUACGGGAUUCAAACCGCUUACCCAUUGAUCAUGGCUUGCGACGAGACUUUCGUUUAUAAAAUGAUCGUGGAGAAGAAAUUCGUGCUACCUGUUAAAAUUGUUUCAAAGAUCUUCUAUAGGAAUCCGGAUUUCGUAGUUCGUUUUCUCAAAUUAUUGAAACCUUGUGAACUAAACGAGACUGAGCGCACUCCAUUCGUGAUCGGCAUCGAUAGAUACAAAUCUUUCCUCCCUAAAUUAAUAAAGAAACGAUUGGAGGCUUUCGUGGAACUGUGUGAGAUUCACGAGACUCAUCUACCGGAUAUUAUUUUGAGCAACACAUGCGCUGAAAUAUUUCUGAAGAAAGCUCAGCAACAUCUGAUACAAAAGCCGCUUGUAUAUAUCCGCAUGUUACCAUUCAAAAAAAUUAAUGAGGAUUUAAUGGAGAGAGUAUUUCCUGGUUUACUGCCCGCGGAAAUGUCUUCUUUCGAUACAGAUAGUAUGCUUGAUUAUUUGAAACAUUAUCCACGUGAUAAACAAUACGAUCUGCUCCAUAAGUCAUACAAGGAUAAAUAUGAUGCCGAUUUUCUCGACGAGACAAAAAAUGUCACGCCUGCCUUAUUACAAUUAUUACCUACUGAGGAACGGAUCAAACAGGCUAGAAUUAAAAUCGAGAAGCAGAACUUAGAGGAGGAUCAUUAUAAAGAUAUGAUGGAAUACGAAACAGUUUGGAUUUGUUAUUUACCUGUUAACGAAGUCAUACCGGUUAUCAAAGAAAAAUUAAAUAAAACUAAAGAUGAAACAGAUAGAAUUGGUCUCCUUUGUCAAAUGAUUUAUGUUUGUAAUGUUAAUAAAGAUGAUGAUGCAUUGUUCGAUAUCUUGACAUAUUUUUUAAAUAGACAUAAAAACGAAAAUUCUUGGGUAUUCCAACAAAUAUUCAGUCAACUUUUACGAAUAUAUAAUUUACCUUAUUUAAAUAAAAAGCAGAUUUCUCUUAUACUAGAUAUCGUUCGAUUGUUUUAUGUAAAAAAUGAAUUCGUGCCGGAAGAAAUGCUUUUGGCAUUAAUACAUUUCAAACUUAUACACAAUAUGCCAAUUGAGGAGUUGAUCGAUAUGUUUCUAGAGAAGAAUCAAUGGUAUAUAAAUUUUAACGUACUCAAAGAAUAUCCACAGUACGAGAGGCAAUGUCUCGUAACUUUCGCAAAUCAAAUUGAAAAGAAAUCUUUUCAAGAGAAUGAUGAAAAAAAAAAUAUUUUCUGCCAAUUUUUUGUAGCAAUAUACGAUUUUAACAGCAGGUGUAAAAAAUCAUGCGUUAAAAUAGAAGAAAUGACAAUUAGGGAUUAUCCUUGGUUAAUGGAUGUUAUUCACGAAGUAAUACGUAUCGAAGAAGAUUCUUGGAACGUGAAAAAUAUAUUGCAGAAGAAUGAACCAGAACUAUACUGCAGUUGGUUUCCUUCAAACAUCGCGAAUGUAACAUCAGGCGCAGCGCUCGCUCUUUUGAAACGAGAUUUACAAAACAUACUUGACAAUUGGGAAAAAUACUUGGAAGACUGCAUGAAGAACUACCAUUCAAAACAUGUACAACACUUCGUCAAGGCUACGCGGUGGUACAAAGAUUUACCCAUUAAAUUUGCUGAACGUUGCAUGAAGUAUGUAUACGAUAAAAGUACAGAUGAAAUAUCAUCUAGCCUAGUUAUCUUGGCCCUUUUACUUCAAGGUGAUGAGUUGACAAAACUAAUCGAUCCUUUCAUACCCACAGAAACAACGAUAAAUACCGAUCAUCCAAAUGCCAAAGAUAACUAUAAAAUUAUACAAAAUUUACCGUUGAGCAUGAGACUUUCCAAUCCACCAAUACCUCUCGAUCUCGUAGUUAGAUUGUGUGUAGGAGAUUACUUGUCAAUAGCUUUGAUGACAUUAACAAACGUAAGUAGGCGAACUUCUUCGCCUAAAGUUAUAUCAGUCGCACAAAAGUUGAUGAGUAUGCGUGUAAGUACACGUAAACACGGGGUUAGGCUGAUGUACUUAAUAGCUACUAUGCAUGAGCUUAUAGAUUUUCUCCAAAAAACAUGGGCAACCGAGAAUCAUCAUUCAGUACGACAAGUUUUAUUCGAGGCAUUCCAGAAAUGUUUUCUUACAAAACCAAAUCCUGAAACUUGGUCGCUAUAUUGUCAAACUAUGUCGACAUUGAGUCUCAAUGACGAAGCAUUGCUUUUGGAAAUAAAGCUGUUUCCCGAAAUUCCCAAUGAAUACGUCGUAAGAUAUCUCGAUCUAUGGCUCAAAACAAUAGAUGAUUUUCAAGGACUGGGACUGGAUGAUCAGAAAAUAAAUAAAUACAUUGUCAAUUUCUUAGCGGCGCUUACUGCAUCUAUUUUCAAUCUUUUAUCUGAAGAAUCUCAGCCUCGAAAUACCGCGAUGUGAGCAUGCGCUGCGUUCAUAUUUUCAUGCAUGAUGAAAGUUACUAAUAAAAUGUUGAGCAAAAAGCCAAUUCGAACUUAUCAGAGAAAACCUACAAAGAAGCCUUUUAUGAAUUCAUUGACUUCUGCUGCAUCAAGUGAAAAAUAUUUUGUGGGAAACAUUUGUUUUAAAAAUGAACUGUUUAAUGAUUCUUUAAAUUAUGAUCCAUUCGAAACGACAUUUGACAGACUUGCCAAAGAUGUAGUAAUACCUCCUAUGCCAUUGGAUACAAAUCAAAAUGAUUCAUGGAAAAGCAGUAGCAGUGAUGGUGAUAUUAUGGAUGCAACAAGUCUAAAAUCUGAACAUAUAGCUUCUGAUCUUUUUAUACACAAUAGUACACUUAGUUCAAUAAAUGUUAGCCAUAAAUCGACUCGUAAAUGCAGGAAACAAAAAAAAUCUGAAUCAGAAGUUAUGAUUUCUAUAGGAAUGUUGUCAAAAAAAACAAAAAAUAUGUCAGUUAAAAAUAAAACGUACUUAGGAAAAGCACAGGAGCAGAAAAGACAAGCAAAGAUAAAAAAAAAGAAAAAGCUAAAAAAUAAGUCUAAACCUAGUCGCGUAUGCAAUGAACAGAUAUCUCAUAUAAAUUCGAAUGCUCUAGAUAAUUUGGAAGAUAUUUCAUAUAAAAACAAUAUUUUAUGCAGCGAUACCCAUGAAUCUUCGCUACAAAAUGCUUUAAAGAUUGACAAAACAAUUACGCAAUCACAAAAUCAAUCAAUUACAAUUAAUAAAUCCAUUGCUGAUUUUAAGCAUAUAGGAAACUAUCAACAGAUCAUCAAACCAUGUUUUGUUAAAUUAAAUGCUUGUACUGUGCAGAAUUACAUAUUGAAUCAUGAAAAAUUUCCAGAAAAUAAGGAAGAUAUAUUGCUUGAUACAAAAUUCUUGUUACAAGAUACUUUACAAACUAAGAAAAAUAUUUCUAAAGUACAAAGUCCUGUUUCGCAAUCAAUCUCAAUUGAACAUAAUGGGUUUGAUGGCUUUAAACAUACAUCAGUUAAACAUUGUUCUGUAAUAUUGUGCAAGAAUAUUGUUAAAGAUUGGCAUGUAUUACGAAAUAAAAGAGAUGUGAAAGAUAUUAUCAAUAUAAAAGAUAAACCAAAUAUAUCACAUUUGGUUUUCUGUAACUCAUCUGAAAUUACUCCAAACUGCAAAAAAAGUAUUACACUUACAUCAUAUGAUACAAAGAAAAAAAGAGAUCUAAUAAAAAAUAGUUUUGUAAAAGUGGAAAGAUUAGAAAUAGGAGAAUUUGCAAAAGAAAAUAAUACAGUAUUUGAAAAAAAACCUAACAUAUUUUCUAGCACUCCUUUUAGCAAACGAGUCAAACAUAGUUUAGUAGUAUUAUCUCCUAUUAAGUCUAAUAUUUAUAACAAAUCACAUUGGAGUCAAGAAGGUUCAUUAAUAACUACAGAAGAAGAUAUUUCCAACAGUGAUCAGACAAAUUCUCAUUCUUUAUUUACGAUAUCAGAAGAUUCUAAACUCAAAUUCACAGAUGUACAGGAACAUCAAACACAAAUUUUAUUGUCCCAGAAAUCACAAACUACAAAUUCUGUGGUUAAAAAUGGAGUAAUGUCUUACAAGAAUGAUGUUCAUGCAGCUCAGAAAUAUGAUACAGAAUGUGAUGUUAAAACGGAAAUUUCGUAUUUAUUAAAUAUGUCUACUUAUCAAUCUCGAUCAUUAUUUGAUGAUACAAGUAGUCACAAUCAUUCGCCAAAAGAUACAAAUGAAGAUAAAAUAAAAAAGAAACAUUCUGAUACACAUAAAUUUAUAGAAACUGUAGAUUCAUCCAUUAAUUUAUGUUUAAAACAAAAGCAAUUAUCAAAAACAAUUCAUGAGAGCCUUAAAGAUAAAACUAUUAACAUUAAUAAACACAGUUUAUUUGAUGAAAGUCAAAAUAAGAUUAACAUGGAUGCUCGUAUAUUGCUUACACGAUUACAUGAUCCGAUUAGAAUAGGAAGAAGAAUGCAAUAUCCUAAAUGGCAUUUAAACAUAUCAAAUAUUUCCGAUAGUUUAAAUAAUGAAACCAUACAAUCAAACAACGAAGUAGUAACAAUUGACAAAGACCUUUCUAAUGUUCAAUCAGCACAUAAUUCUGAGCAUUCUAAGAAUGCAAAUUUGUCUUGCAAUCAUUUUGAAUCCUUCAUGACUCAACCGUGUAAUGAUACAAAUGAACAAAUGAAUCAAUCUGUUUUUUUAAAACCGGGCAAGUAUUGGACUAGAUCUUUGUCAAUAUUAAAUAAUAUAAACGAUGAAUCUAAUUUAGACAAAUUAAGUAUCGGAAAGGGGAAAAAAUGGAGGCAAAGCGUCAGAAAUAUACUGGAUAUGCAAAAACAAGGAAUUUUCCAAAGUUGUUUGAAAAAGGAUAAAGAUGAUACGAAUUUAUCUAGCGGUAAGCUUAACAUAUCAAACGCAUCAUCGUUUAAUGGUAACAAAUGUAAAGAAUUUGAUUUAGCGAGUUAUCCUAGAUUUUCUAAAAGGAUCUCGGUGAGAGUUGUACUUAAUAGUACAAACACUAAAUGUGAAAUCAAAGACACUCCAUUUCUUGAGGCAUUUGGAAUAACUGCAGAAAAAUCUUCAAACUCGAAAUUAUCAUACUGGGAAAAAUCAUUGAUAUAUAACAAUCAAAUUAUCAAUAAUCAUUCUAGUACUGCAAGAGAUGUUGUUUUACAGAGAUGUUCACAAAACUGUUAUAUUCCCUUUGAAGAUUGUUUUCCAGAUUUGUAUUUGGAACAUUGCCACAAAAUAGGUGAAGGUGUUUAUGGAGAAGUUUUUCUUUAUGAAUGUGAGGGUAAAAAAUCUGUUAUAAAAAUUAUUCCUAUAGAAAAUAAACAAUUAGUCAAUGGUGAACCACAAAAGAAAUUUAAUGAAAUAUUGUCAGAAAUUGUGAUUGCAAAGGAAUUGGAUAAUCUAAAAUUAAAUGAUACUUAUAAAACUAAUGGAUUUGUAGAAGUUAAAAAUAUCAGCUGUAUUAUAGGAAAAUAUCCAGAAAAGCUCUUAGAACUUUGGAAUAUUUAUGACAAUCACAAAACGUCCGAUAAUGAUUGUCCAUCGAUGUUUGAUGAAAAUCAAUUGUACAUUGCUCUUGAACUGAGUCACGGUGGAGAAGAUCUUGAAGCCUUUGUAUUUCAAACUGCGGAGGAGGCUUACGCUCUAUUUUUACAGACUGCAUUAGCCUUAGCAGUUGCAGAAAAAGCAUUUGAAUUUGAACACAGAGAUUUACAUUGGGGUAAUAUAUUAAUAUCAAGAACAAAAGAACAAUAUAUAUAUUAUAAUCUCGGAGGGAGAGAGAUCAAGUUUCCUAGUAAAGGUGUAAAGGUAUCUAUAAUAGAUUUUACGUUAUCGAGAAUGUUAUACCAAGGUUGUUGUAUAUAUAACGAUCUCGCACUAGAUCCAGCUUUAUUUACUGCUAUUGGUGAAUACCAAUUUGAAAUUUAUCGUCUUAUGCGCGACAAAAUUCAGAAUGAUUGGCGAAAAUUUGAACCAUAUACGAAUGUUUUGUGGUUGCAUUAUAUUUUGGAUAAAAUGAUUACUGCGGUAAGAUACAAAAAGAAAAACUUGAAAGUUCACAAGCACGCUGUUAUUAGAUUAAAAGAAUUUAAAGAUAUAAUUUUAAACUAUGAUAGUGCAUACGACUUUGUAAUCAAUUCUAAUAGCGUCGUGUAACUAUGGCUGUGGUCAAAGUCUUGCUACAAACGCUUUGAAGCGUUUAAUGGACC